AUGGAAGCAUUCAACUUCAAAGCAGAGAAACGCACAAUGUCAACAUACAAUAUUUUCACCGGCAUUACUAAAACGCUUCGCCUUCUCGAGUUGUGCUUAGUUCUCCUCUUUCUGUUUUGGAUCCUCAACCGUCUCCCUUUCGCUCUCCGUAUCUCCGCCGACUUCCUCCGGAGUCCUCUCUUCAUCUUCGCCUUAUCCAACGCCAUCAUCGUUGCACUCCUCGCUCAGUCUGACCUCCGCUCCGCCGAUUCUGCAUCUCCGGUAGAAGAGCGGUUAGAGUGCCAGGAUAAGCAGAUUCGUGAGACGUGUACGGAAGAUGUAGAUUCAUGUGCAGUAACCGUAACAGAUUCUGGUAACUUGCGAGAAAUAGUUUACUGCCGGAGUCAGUCUCUGCCGGAGAUUACGAACGGAGAAGGAGAGAAUGAGAAUGACACUUCGACUCGGAAACUACAGCGAUCGGAAACGGAGAUGAAGGUGCGGGGAAUUUUGUAUCCGCAGGAUAAGUUAAGCAAUGAGGAGUUUCAGCGUACGAUAGAAGCUUUCAUUGCAAAGCAAAUGAGGUUUCUAAGGGAGGAGGAGUUAUGUUAA